AUGGUAGACAAUGUAGGCCGAUUACAAUCGCAAGGAGGACCAGCGUAUAAUUACACAUUCGGGAAAUAUCACGAAGCUGACGAAACCCAGACGGCAUUAGGUGAGGCCAGCUCAAUGCCUCAUUGCAACAUUGGCCUGACGCGCUGGGUCCGUGGAUACGGAACCUCCGUCGUGACGAAUCUGGAAAACAUCCAAUUGAUCGAAACAUCGAUCACAAUCGUCUGCAAAACGUUUAUGAAGUUGUCCUUGACCAACAGCAUAAAGCGUCACAUCGGCUGCAUCGUUCGUCAUCGGAUGCACAUCAUGGCGGAGCGGAAGGAGAAGAAAAUGCGAAAAAUUGAAGCUGCAAGGAGAAAUGUCAUGGCCGCAGUGGAUCGCAUCGAGGAUUUCGUGAUGAAUUAUGAUCCUCAGCAACAUUUUGGUGAAGUGAAGCUUCGAUUGGACCGAUUGGAGCAUUACAUGGAGACUUUCGAAACGCUUGAAAUCGAAUUUGCAGAAUUAGACGACGCGGAUGAAUUCGUCAAUAUUAAUUUGGACAUGCGUGCGAAAUUCGAGGAGCAAUACUUUCGCACCAAAGCAGCUUUAAUGGGGAAAUUGCCAGUGGUAACCGAGCAAUCCUCUUCCAGUUCACGCCCUAGCACACAAUCUGGUUUGACUGGAAUCAAAUUACCAACCAUAAAGUUGCCAGAGUUCAAUGGAAAAUUUGACGACUGGCUAUCAUUCCACGACACAUUUCAAGCGCUCAUUCACACAUCCACGGAGCUAACAUCGGUGCAAAAAAUGCAUUAUCUUCGCGCAGCUCUCGGAGAGGAACCAGCGAAACUUAUAGAGACGCUCUCCGUCACCGCAGAUAAUUACGUCAUUGCAUGGGAACUUCUCUGUAGCCGAUAUUCAAAUAAAUACAUCCUCCGUAAAAAACACAUUCAGGCACUAUUCGAGUGCCCUCGCGUUAAGAAAGAGUCAGCAGCUGAUCUUCGCGUGCUUUUGGAUUGUUUCGAACGGCACAUCAAAGUCUUGCAGCAGCUCGGUGAGCCUGUUCAGCAUUGGAGCUCUAUGCUGGUGGAGCUGAUGAAUUCCCGUUUAGAUGGUAUCACACUAAAGGCUUGGGAAGAUUUCGCUUCUAUGGAGGAAAACCAUACGUACACGAAAAUGGUGGAAUUCUUACAGCGCAAAGCAAGAGUCUUAGAAUCACUAUCGGCGAAUUAUCAGCAUCCCUCCUUCGACAAACAUCAGCAACCGACAAAGAAGCCUGCACAAUCACGGACACAACUGCUUAAGGAGCGAUCACUUUGCACGUCGCUGCCAGUCGAAAUACAGCUGCAGAGUAUGCAACAAACGUCACCACACAUUGGUACAUCCUGGAUUUGCGCCUUCAUCCACAGCCAGCAGGAUUCUUCGCCCAAUGAAAAUUCAUUCAGUGUGAUUCCAACAAAUUGUUCGGUUGCCAUGUUUCCACGUGAAAACUUUGAAGUGCCUAUGUUUCAAGUGAAUGCUGCUACACGGAAUGCCACCGUAUUUCUCUCCACUGUGGUUGUUAUUGUGGUGGAUACUUUUGGCAAGGAGCAUCUUGCACGGGCUUUGUUAGAUUGUGCAUCACAAGCCAAUUUAAUGAGCGAGAAACUACGUCAAACCCUGCGCCUGGCGGGGAAGAAGGUCAACAUAGAAAUCUGCGGUGUUGAUAAAGCUACUACGCGUGUGAAGCAUUCUGUUACCACGGAUGUGCGCUCUCGAGUACAUGAGGUGUCAUUGUCAAUCGAUUUUUUGGUGGUGAACAAGAAUGGACGAAUUAAUCUUGGGGAUAAACUACCAUCGCUUAUCGAAAGUGAUUUUGGUUGGGUAGUUUCUGACAUGGCGGACAUCGACACAUCUAAUCCGAGUGUCAUCUGCUCUGCUACAACCAUGGAAUCCCUAGAUGAAAAACUGGAACGAUUUUGGCUAAUCGAAGACGUUCAUAGCCCUCGACCAUCACGAAAUAAUCAACAGUGUGAGGAAUUUUAUCAAAUUUCAACUACCCGGAACAGUGAAGGACGCUAUAUCGUCCGUUAUCCGAAGCACGAGGAAUUUCAACAAAUGUUUGGUGAGUCUAAAUUCAGUGCUCUUCGACGUUUCGAGUCACUAGAAAGGAAAUUGGAGAAAAAUCCCGAUCUGCGUUUGCAGUAUAAUGCUUUCAUGCAGGAGUACAUAUCGUUAGGGCAUAUGCAAGCAGUUGAAGAGACGGUUGAUGACGCUAGAGCUACUUAUUAUUUGCCACACCACCCUGUUUUCAACGAUAAAAGCAGCACUACAAAGGUCCGUGUUGUUUUCGAUGGUUCGGCAAAAAUGAGCAGUGGACACUCCUUGAAUGAUGUCCUCCUCGUUGGCCCAGUAAUUCAGGAUGAGCUCUUAGAUAUUAUACUUCGAUUCCGGAAAUAUCCCGUGGCGUUGGUGGCGGACAUCGAGAAGAUGUACCGCCAAAUACUCAUUUCAUCUGACGAACGCUGUUUGCAACGUAUCCUUUGGCGCUUCGAUUCUUCUGAACCUGUUAGGACAUACGAAUUAAGCACAGUUACAUAUGGUAUUUCAUCAUUUUCGUUUUUGGCAACCAGAACGCUACAUCAGCUGGCCGAGGAUGAGGGAAAGGAGUACCCCCUCGGUAGCCUCGCAAUUUGUAAUGAUUUCUACGUGGAUGACUUCAUUCCAGGAGAAGAUUCGGUAGAACGAGCGAUUCAACUACGUCACGAGUUGGAUGAAAUCAUGACAAAAGGAGGAUUUCGCUUGCGUAAAUGGUGUUCGAAUUCAACUGAUGUUUUAGCCGGUCUACCUGCAGAACUACUUGCAACACAAGCGCUGUUGAAAUUCGAUCCUGAAAAAACGAUUAAAACGUUAGGUAUUUGCUGGGAGCCUGCCACAGAUCGCUUCCGCUACGACAUAAAUUUGGAGACAGGUAUCAAACCAACGACGAAACGGAAUAUUCUUUCGCGAAUAGCUCAGUUGUAUGAUCCACUCGGACUGAUAGCACCGGUUGUAAUAUUAGCCAAGGGAAUUCAGGCACUGUGUCACACCACAAUUCUGAAGUCGGUAACGUUCCCUGAUUAUGAUGACCCGAAACAGGUCGUGGAUUUCCUUCAGAGCACCAAUUGUGAUGGAACAUUCAAGAAAAUGGACAACAAACAGCUAAUCUCGAUAGCUUUUGCUGGGUGA